AUGUUCCAAUCCUCCUCCACCGGCCCCUCAGGACCACCAAGCAACUACUUUCAACGCUCAUCCCUCCCCGCCAACACAAUCAUCAAAUUCGUCCCGCAACAAACCGCCUGGAUCGUCGAGCGCAUGGGUCGCUACUCCCGCGUCCUCGAACCUGGUCUCGCGAUCCUCAUGCCGGUAAUUGACCGUAUCGCAUACGUCAAAUCGCUCAAAGAAAACGCCAUGGAGAUCCCCUCGCAGUCCGCCAUUACCGCCGACAAUGUUACACUCGAACUCGACGGCGUGCUGUAUACACGGGUCUUCGACCCUUAUAAAGCUUCCUACGGCGUGGAAGACGCGGACUAUGCGAUCUCGCAACUCGCGCAGACGACCAUGAGAUCCGAGAUCGGACAGCUCACUCUUGACCAUGUGCUGAAAGAGCGAGCGGCACUGAACACGAACAUCACACAAGCGAUCAACGAGGCGGCAGCGGCAUGGGGCGUUCAAUGUCUGCGGUAUGAGAUAAGGGAUAUUCACGCUCCAGGGCCGGUGGUGGAGGCGAUGCACAGACAAGUCACGGCGGAGCGGAGCAAGCGCGCGGAGAUUUUGGAGUCAGAAGGUCAAAGACAAAGCGCGAUCAACAUCGCUGAGGGACGGAAACAGAGCGUAAUUCUGGCUUCCGAGGCCAUCAAGUCAGAGCAGAUCAAUGCGGCGAGUGGUGAGGCGGAGGCGAUUUUGAUGAAAGCUAACGCCACGGCAAAGGGUAUUGAUGCUGUGGCGAAGAGUCUGUCCGAGGGCAAGCAAGCGGCACAGGGCGCGGUGUCAUUGUCUGUUGCGGAGAAGUAUGUGGAGGCAUUUGGCAAGCUGGCGAAGGAGGGCACAUCGGUCGUGGUGCCGGGUAAUGUUGGAGACAUCGGUGGUAUGAUCGCGACGGCCAUGUCGGUGUAUGGCAAUGUGAGUCAGGCACAGGCGAAGACGAUGUCCCAGCAGGCGAUUGCGGAGGGCGAGAGGACGAAGGAUGAGAGGAAUGCAUCGGACGAUGGCAAGCCGAUGUCGAAGAAGGAGAUGCAGGAGAAGGUGUUGGAGAGCUUUGACAAGACUCAGGCGAGGCAUUGA